AUGGCUACCGAAGGGUCCGACUCUGUGCUCGGCGCGGUCGAGGAGGACGUCGCGCGCGAGGUCGAGCAGUGGCGCGAGCUGCUCGCGUCUCAGGACGAGUUCGUCGCCAACCUCCUCGCGAACAAGCUCGCCCUGCAGAACCGCCUCGAAGAAGUGCGCAAGGAGCGCAAACAGCUUGAGGCGUCCACCGUGACGCAGCAGGAAGACAGGGAGGAAGUCGCGAGGCUCGCCAGGCUUCGUGAACUCGAGGACGAGGUCGAAAAGUAUCGCAACGAGUACCAAGACCUCAACAAGGCGAUCGACGAGGACCAGUCGAGGCUCGCGUUCCUCGAGACUCAGAGGAGGGAGGCUGCCGAGAGGAGGGAAGAGGCGAAGCGCGAGUCGAAGCCUGGCCGCAAGACGGUCAGGAGGGUCGGUCCGCCUGUCACGCUCGUCCUGAUCAAUGGCUCAGUCGCUCCUUUCGCCGACAAGCUGAUCCAAGCUGGCAAAGAUGGCGGAAAGAAGGCGUCCGAAAUGCUUCGCAAUGAGGUCCAGCUUGACCGCGGCACGGCGGCUGAGAGCGAGAGCGAAGUCAUGGUCUGGGUCUGGUACAACCGUCAGGACCUCGUCGCGAGGCUCCAGGCGGACAGGGUCAUCACCGUUCCGUCGACCUGGCUCAACUUCUCGCAAGGUUUCGCCCGCAUCGUCGGCAACAUGCUUGUCGAUGUCGACCGCAACUCGGUCGCCGAACACAUGACGGCGGUUCUGACCAAGUUCGGCUUCAUGGGCAACGUCGAGAAGAUUUACAUCGCAGGCGUCCACCCGGGCAUGACCAUCCUCCCGCUCGUCCCGCAAGACGAGGAGGGUUCGCCCGAGGAGCUCGACAAGGCCUUCGAGGAGGUCGUCUUGCCGAAGUUCGUCCUCAUCGACCACCGCCCGAAUGAGGAGAAGGACGACCUUGGCGGUCCGACCGUCACGUUUGCCGGCCUCUUCGACAGCUCGAGCAGCCGUCCGAUUGUACCUCCUCUCGUUCAGCAGAGCGAGUCUGUCGGCCUCGGACUCGCUGGACCUUCGACCGCUGCGAGCGUAUCGGCCGAGCCCGAGUGGCAGCACGUCAGCGGGAACAAGCGGUCGACUGGGAAGCGCAAGAUCAACCCGAACAAGGCGCUCGUCAACCAGGACCCACCGGUCUGCUUCUUCCACUAUCUCGUCAAGAGCGGUUGCCGCAACGAGCGAGACUGCCCUCGUGCUCAUGACUACGAGUUGAGUGCCGGCCAAGUGCGCCGCCUAAGGGAGGACGUCGCGAAGCAGCCUUGCCCGAGCAUGCGCAAGACGCGAGAGUGCCGCUGGAAUGAGACUUACCGCCGCGGUACGGGCGAACCGUGCAUAUUCUCCCACGAGUCGAAGUUCUUCCCAAGGUGA